GUCUGAAUUCAAGGAAUCUCUGUGAAUAUCUCUCGUAAAUAAACAAACAAUAAACUGUGUUGCAUAAGCAAAAGAAAGAGAAGUUUAAUUGUGAUUGAUUAUCAUCGUUAUCGAUGCAUUUAGUGUUAGCUUAUCGUCGUUCUCCCCACGGCGCUCGCGAAAAGAAUGAUUUGUCAUUAUGUACUUCGCGAGACAGAUAUAAUCGCGUGCAUUCGUGACAACGACGCAUAACGACGUAUUGGUUGGUGACAAGUGAUCGUGUGUAAGAUGAAACGAAUCGUGAUAUUUGGUGCUACCGGAAUGACCGGCCUGUGUUCUUUGAGAUCGGCCGUGGAAAACGGUUUGGAGAUAAGAGCUUUUGUAAGGGAUGAAGCCAAGGUUCCUAAAGAUCUUAAAAAUAAAAUCGAAUUAGUUGUUGGAGAUGUCAUUAAUGCGGAACAAGUUUCAAAAGCGGUGGCUGACAGAGAUGCUGUUGUUGUAGUGCUUGGAACCAGAAAUGACUUGAGUCCCACUACUGUGUUAUCUCAGGGCUUGAAGAACAUAAUGGAUGCUAUGAAAGUGCACAAUGUUGAAUUGAUCUCCGUAUGUUUGUCUGCAUUUUUAUUCUACAAACCCGAGGCAGUGCCUGCUAUAUUUAAGGAUGUGACUGCAGAUCAUCAGCGCAUGUUUGAUAUAAUUAAGGCGAGCGAUUUAAAAUGGGUGGCAAUAUUACCACCACAUAUAGCAGACACCCCAAAGUCAAAGUACACUGUCAAGUUUGAUUCUUCACCUGGACGCGCCAUCUCUAAGCAAGACUUGGGUGCAUUUCUCGUUGAGUGUCUCAAGAAUCCCGAGUAUUAUCAAAAAAUCUGUGGUAUUGCAACAGUAUCAUAAUGUAAGAGGAAAUGCAGGGAUGUGUGAAUAAUAAGAUGCGUGGCAUAUGUUUCUAUUGGAAAAAUAUAUUAAUUAUAUAUGUAUAUUUGUUAGAAAUCACAUUUGAUAAGUUUGGCAUUUGCAAUCAACGAAUUGCAUGAGCUGGAUGGAAAAGAGUGAGCGUAUUCGUGUUAUUCUGUUGCUGGAGACAACAGAUAAAGAAAGAAUAAUAUUUGAAAUAAAUAAAGGUACGAUUAU